AUGAGAAUCGACGACAAUUUCAUGAAAAGCCACACCCAUCGUUUACGCGUGCAAUUACGUGACGGUGUCCUACAAGGAGUUCAAACGAACGAACUGAAGGAACAAAUCGAUCUCUUGCAACAAGAAAUUGAGAUUUUCAAAGAAGAGGGAAAUAACGAUCUAGAAAAAGUCUUGAAGGGUGAUAUUUACAAGGUGAUGUGCGAUCUCAACAAUAAAGUAAAGAAGGAUCUCGAGUUAUGUGAAGACGGCUUAGCGAAAGUACAACAAAAGUUGAAAACCCUUCUUCGCCAGUGGUAUCGUGAAGUGCUUGAAGUGAAGAUGACAGUGAAUGGAGCCGGCGUUUCACAUAUCGAAGAAGAGACGCCUGAACCAGCCACCGCUCAAGAAGUUCACUCAAUUGUUGCAGCAGAAUGCCCAGGAUUGGCAAUUGAUGAACUUAUAAACGCGGAUGCUGAGAAAAUCGCGAGGGAAAUUGCAAAGCAUGCAACUGAGGUCGCAGAAUUCAAUAAAGACGCUGAAAAGGAAAAUAAUCGAUUU